CUCGAUUGCUGUGGGAAUUAGUGAGGCCCGCGCUCACUGCUCCUGUUGAGAAUCGUGAAAGAGAGCCCUUCUUUCACGGCCCGUCCAUCUCCAUUCACUCCCGUAUGCCACUUCCGAGGUCGUCACUGUCACCGCUCUUCCCCCCCCCGCAAAUUGGGAAGCCGGACCCUGAAUUUUUGAUGAGAGCCUCACUCGUGCCGAGAGCCUGCACCAACGCCAAUUCAGCUCAUCUCGCCAAGACCAUCGCUCAUCAUUUGCAAUCCACCUCACAUUAUGGCCUUUUCAACCCCAGACCCCAUGCGUGACGAUUACGGCGGCUUCACGCGCUUCGAGCUCGAACUCGAGUUUGUGCAAUGCCUCGCCAAUCCCGCCUAUCUCAAUUACCUCGCAACGCAGAAGAUGUUCGACAAGCCCGAGUUCGUCGCCUACCUCGGCUACCUGCAGUAUUUCAAGGACCCAAAGUACUCCAAGUACCUUCACCACCCUGGCCCAACUCUCCAUAACCUGGAAAUGCUUCAGAUUGAGAAGUUCCGGCAAGAGAUACUGACCCCCAACCUCAUGAAUUUCAUGACCAUGGAGGGCUUGAGGAAUGCAGUGCCUGAAAAGAAGGAUUGAUAUCACAGCCGAACCCAGUCGACAGUCUACUGAUCUUCAUUCUUUGUUUCCUCUGUUAUUUACAGAUUCUCUACGACCAGCCUGCCCCAUUUCUUCAAGCUACCAACGCCUCUAAACGGCGGAAUGGAACGCCGAAUAGGUCGAUCCCGAGUGCAUACUCGCGGUGUGUAUACGAAUUCGUUAGCAACGAGGGCGAUAGCGUCGCUCGUAUCUUGAAGGCUAGUUGGGUCGUUUACAGUAGCGAGACCGUCGUGGCGGAUCGAAGCAAGCAUGUCCACCAAAGCGCUCAAUGCCUCCUGCCAUUUUGGGCAUGUUUGAGGUAAAAAUAAAGGCAGUCGCGAUCGUUG